AUGGAGGAAUGGUCCAUGACUUUGGUGCUCACAGGCGCCUUCCAGCUACUGUGGAACAUGAAGGUGGAAGUGGGGGACAGGGAGGUUAUUGCACUGGUCCAGAUGAGUGAUGAUGGGGUCUGGAUGCAGGAAGUCACCCAGAGUCUACAUUCCUACCCCAGUGUAGUAGACAGCUCUGCCUCGCUGUGCGUCUUGCUGAUUUUGUUGGAAGAUGGACCCCAGAGCACCAGGGCCUCUUCCUGUGUGCUUUUGUGCCCACCAAACUCCUCAUGUGGCUUUGCCAUUUCCUGUCGCUGUGAUCCUGGAUUCAAGUCUCCAUCUGGGGAGACCGUCAUCAAUCCCUGGGAGACUUGUGAAGACAUUGACGAAUGUGAACAACCCGGAGCAGUGAGUGCCUGUGGAAGAAGCGCAGACUGCCAUAACAUGGAAGGGAGCUACUACUGCACAUGCAGCCCAGGAUAUAGUCCUGGUUCUGGGGCAACAAAGUUCAGUAAUGCAAGUGAGAACACGUGUCAAGAUGUGGAUGAAUGCACCUCCGGGCAACACUCCUGCCACAAAACCACCCAAUGCCACAACACCGAGGGCAGCUAUGAGUGCCGCUGCCGCCCUGGCUGGAAGCCGGUUCCUGGGUCCCCCAAUGGCCCAAACAACACUGUCUGUGAAGAGUUCUCCUUCCUUACCUGGACCCCGCCCCCUGGAAUCAAGAGCCAGAGUCUCUCCCGCUUCUUUGAAAGAGUCCAGGACCUGCUCAGAGACUUCAGGUCUGCCACGGCCCAGGACACCAUCCAGAACAUCAUUAAGGAGGUGGAUAAUCUGCUGGAGACCCCAGGAGACCUGCUUACCCUGCCUCAUUCAGAGCAGCACUGUGUGGCCACUAACCUGCUCACUGGCCAGGAGCAUGUCCUGAGAGAGCUGAGCAAGGCCUUGCCGAAUGGGCCACUGACCUUCAGGACAGCUGCAGGAACAGAACUGUCCCUGGAAGUAAAGGAGAAAGGAGGCAAGAAUGUCACCCUGAGAAUUAAUCAGGCAAAGAUGCUGGUGAACUGGGAUGUGGUGCAGAACUCACGUGGCUCAGGCCCUUCUGUGGUGGGCCUUGUCUCCUCUCCAGGGAUGGGCAAGUUGCUGGUUGAGGCCCCACUCAUCCUGAAAACUGAGGAGCACUCAGUUCUGCAUGAGACACACAAGGGCCUGUUGCAGGAACGCUCCCCUGUCCUGCUCUCAGAUGUCAUGUCCGCCUUUGUGAGCAAUAAGGACUCUCAGAACCUCAGCUCCCCAGUCACCUUUGUCUUCAACCACGUGAGUGCUGGACCAAGGCAGAAGGUGUUCUGUGUCUUCUGGGAGCCUAGCCAGAAUGGAAGUGGUCAUUGGUCCACCAAAGGCUGCUGGAUGGUGGGCACUGGAGACACCAGCACCACCUGCCAAUGCAGCCACCUCAGCAGCUUUGCGAUCCUCAUGGCCCACUAUGAGGUGCAGGAGGAGGAUCCCACCCUGGCUGUGAUCACCUACGUGGGGCUGAGCCUCUCUCUGCUGUGCCUCCUCCUGGCGGCCCUCACCUUCCUGCUGUGCAAAGCCAUCCAGAACACCAGCACCUCACUCCACCUGCAGCUCUCGCUCUGCCUCUUCCUGGCCCACCUGCUCUUCCUCACGGCCAUCGACAGAACUGAGAACAAGGUGCUGUGCGCCAUCAUCGCGGGUGCCUUACACUAUCUCUACCUGGCCUCCUUCACCUGGAUGCUGCUGGAGGGCCUGCACCUCUUCCUCACCGCACGCAACCUGACGGUGGUCAACUACUCCGGUGUGAGCAGGUUCAUGAAGAAGUUCAUGCUCCCUGUGGGCUACGGAGUCCCAGCUGUGAUUGUGGCCAUUUCUGCAGCGUCCAGGCCUCACCUUUAUGGAACACCUGCCCGCUGCUGGCUCCACCCAGAAAAGGGAUUUGUAUGGGGCUUCCUUGGACCAGUCUGUGCCAUCCUCUUUGUCAAUCUAGCUCUCUUUCUGAUGACCCUCUGGAUUUUGAAAAGCAAACUCUCUUCGCUCAACAGUGAUGUGUCUACCCUUAAGAAUACAAGGAUGCUGACAUUUAAAGCGAUAGCUCAGCUCUUCAUCUUGGGCUGCACGUGGUGUCUGGGAAUCCUGCAGGUGGGUCCAGCUGCUCUCACCAUGGCCUAUCUCUUCACCAUCAUCAACAGCCUGCAGGGCGUCUUCAUCUUCCUGGUGUACUGUCUCCUCAGCCAGCAGGUCCGGGAGCAAUACAGGAAAUGGUUGAAAAGGGUCAGGAAAACAAAAGCAGAGUCUGAGCAAUACACCCUCUCCAGCCGAGCCAUCUCGGAUGACCCUAAACACAGUGUGGUAAAAGGUGAUGGAUUGACAGCAUAAAAGAAGAAAUUAAGUCAAUUCUAAGAAAACUAAAAGUGGGUGACUAAAAAAAAACAACAGGUGAAAUCUUAUGCUUUUUGUCCUUUUCUCUCUUGACUUAUUUCAC